CAUGUGCAUAGGGGGAUGACAGGAAUGACGAAUUCAAUGUAAAUAAUAAGACGAAAAUUUUAAGCUUAAAUUUUAAAACAACAUGACGGAAUUUUUGCUCAGAGAAUUUAGUAAUCAUGCAUACUUAGGCCAAUGGGAACUAGCUAGAGCAUGUGCUUUAGCUUUAAUAAAAGCUGAAGUUCCAGAUGAAAGUAGCAAACAACGAUUGUUAUCAACACUACGAAAAAUAGCUAAGAAUCCUCAUUUUGUUAGAUCUGCUUGGACAACACUAUCAUGUCCCAGUUAUUUUAGUUUUCUGUCUUGUCAGUUGCUUCUUGAUGUGAAAUGUCAAGAUGGAUUGGAAAUUUGCAGAAAGCAGGCAGAUUUUCAUAUUUUCCUGGAGACCUUUUUCCAAAAUUCAAAAGCUGUUCUUAUGGAAUUGUCAUCUAUUCAUUCACAUCUUUUAAGAGCAGAAGAGAAAGCAUCCUUAUCUAAAUAUUCAGUUUUUACCAUUUCAAAUGAAAGUUUGUCCUUUCUUAAAAAUGCUUUCGCUGAAAAUCCUAUUGCAAUUUCUAAGCUUCUUAAUAUGCUUUAUAUUCAUAAAGAUUUAAAUAUAAAAACCAAUAUAAAUUCUGUUAUCUGUGAUAUUCAUAGUCAGCACCUACUUAAAUGUUUGAAUGCAGUGAAAUCUAAGUCAGAGAAAAACAAAUCUUGUAAUUUAUCAGAUUCAGUAAAAAAAAUUUAUCUUCUGCUUAGUCUUUUACCGGAGUCCAUAACAGAUGCAAACAAAAAGAAAAACCUUGAUGAAUUACUGCUAUUUGUCAUCUGGCUUUGUGAAUCCAAAAUUUUAGAUUUAGAUAGAGUUUAUCAGUCAUUUUUAUGUAGACUAACGCCUAAUCUUUACCAAUAUUUUAACAACUUUCAAGAGAAAUCGAACUUUGGCAGCAAUGAAGAUAUAUACAGUUUAGAUAAAUUUCCAAAAUGUUUUACAUCUGAUAGUGUAUUUUCUCACCAGAAUGCUCUUUUAUGCAGUGUGAAUUCCUCAUCACACUUUUUAAAGGAUCUGAUGGAAUUUUGCACCAAGUAUAUUUUGAAUGGCAAAUGGGCAUACAUUCAGGAUCUUUUAAGUGAUUCAUUAUUAAGCCUUCUAAAACCUUUGCUUUUGAUUUUAUCAUGGAAUAUCUGCCAGGAUGAUGCUUCUGCUGUGAAUAUUAUUGAAAUAAUAAAAAGCUGGAAUGAGAAUGGUUAUGAUCCAGUUCUUAUGAAAGCCUAUGAACAAUUGAAACUAAAUGCAUCUUUGACAGAUUUAUGUGUCAAUCUAUAUCAAAGCUUAUAUUCUGAGGCAACACUAGCAGAAAUUCAGAGUAAAACUAGAAACAUUUUUUCUAAUCUUCAAACACAGUCUGCUUUGAAAGUAAUUCAUUCAAUGUUUGGUUUGAAAAAUGUUUCUUCUGAAAAAGUAACUGAAAUGUUAAAUUUUAAUCAAGGUAGCAUUGCAGAAAAUGGUUUGCAUCUUACUCACAAGGCUGUAUAUUCUGGAUAUUUGACUUUGAGUUUAAUAAUGGAAGCAAUAUAUCUUAGUUGUGAAUACAAAGAUACAAUAAGCAUGAAAAAAAUAAAUCUAUCAGAUGUGAUUCACACUGAUAUGAAAGUUUUAGAGGAAAUGUUAAGUAAAGAAAAUAAUACAGAUUAUGAAAAAACUCAUGUAUCUCUCUCUGAGUAUAUAGAUGAUUAUGGAGCCGAAAAAGCUUAUGUGAUGUACAUUCUUAAAAGACUUAACAAAGCUAAGAACGAGAUCAAAACAAUUUUUCCUAUUUCUUUCAGAGUAGAAAUAUUAGAAAAUAUUUUUUCUCUGCUUUUUAUGAUGUCUAAUGUUUUGGGAGAUUCUUUAGGGGCAUAUUCAGAUUCAGAUGAGGGCCAUGAAGGUGAAAUAUCUGAAACAAACUAUCCGUCAUCACAGAAUGACAAUACUCAUUCAUCUGAAAAUGAAAAAAUAUUUUCGGGACGAUUUUUAGUAAGUACUGUGAAGCUGAAAGAUAAUUCUGAAUCUCAUUUCUCAAGACAAACGAGUCGCAAGAGCACUGAAAGUAACAGCUCAUCUGCAUUGCAAUCACCCACAUUUCUUUGUAAUGAGCUCAUUACCAGAGAUCUUUUGUAUUUAUUGAAAGAUUUAAUCAUAGAAGCAAAAGCUGAAGUGUACAAAGUUAUUGGACUGACUGAUAAUGUUAUAAAAAACAAGGUUUCUGUUGAAAAGACAGAAUCCAAAGACAAAACUGCUGUGGAUUCAAAAUUAUCCAUCAGCUCUAAUGAAUUACCUGGACGCACAUCUCGUCUUUUUCAUUAUGUAAAUGAAGCUCUGUGGAGGUAUGAGGUUGUAAAAUCUGGAAUAUUUCAAGGUGCAUUUGGGACUUCACUACAGAAAAAGAAGCCAUACCUGUUUCAAAGUCAGCACAGUGCAUCUUCAUCAGAUGGGACAGAUGUAGAAUCUAAGAAACGUAGGAAGAAAAGAAGACAAAAGAGAAACUACUCCAACUUCAAAAAAGAAUCUUUUGCAGAAUCAAGCAUUAUUCAAUGCAUGUUAUCUUCACCUGCAGCUCUUUUGCGCUAUUCUCUUUGGAGCAGAAAUCUCAAACAAGCGGAACAAGUUAUACAGUUGUUUCAUUUAGAAGAUUCAAGUGAAGCCAAAGAAGUUGUUCUCAUUCAUGAACUACAAAGGAUAUCUAAAAAACUGGCAGAAAAUGAGAAGAUGAAACGAAAAUUGUCAAGAAAAAUGAUUGAAUCUGUUCCUGAAAAUAAAAGAUUCUUAUCAAACAUUCUAGCUAUUGAGGAGGCUGCAGCAUCUGGAUUGCGCUCUUCAGAGAUAUGCCUAAUUGUCCAUAAAGAGCUCAGUAGUUUGAAAGUACCAGAACUCAUAGAUAUCACUGAUGGUGUAAAACAUCCAGAAUUAUUAUUAGGUUCUAAGAAUAUUUAUUCUAUCAUUUUAGCAGAUUUGGGUAGUACUUCUGGUGUUUCACUUGAUUUAUCUUCUGUUUUGCUGGAAAUGGCUUGUAAGACUUGGUGUGUUCCGAAUGAAAAACCUCAAGAAUUAGAUGCUAAAGUAUUAUCUAAAAAGAAAAUGCCUUUAAUCAGGGGAAUUUUUAAAACUCUUAGUAUGAUGAACUCUUUCUUAACCGAGUUUCAUAAUUUUGUUGAAAAGGAUGCUCAUGAGGAUUUAAAAUCUUUAUUUUUGCCUUUAAUUAAAGAUCCUUCUCCUUUUUCUUCUGUGUUGUCAAAUUUUUUUGGUAGCUUGGAUGCUCAUCGAUUUAAAGAAGAAGUUAAUAGCUGGAAAGAAACGUCAAACUUAAUCAGAGACUUCACUGAAUUAAUGAAAGAAGAAGAAAUUAAAGAGAAAAAUAGUAUUUUACAAAAAGAUAUUAAUCGUGAAAAUAAGCUUCACAUGAUGUACAAGAAAUUGUCCAAAGUUCUUAGAGAGUUGAGAGAUUGGUCAUCAGAAACAGUUCGUCCACAACAAAUUCGAUAUGAUAAUUACCUUAGCAAGUUAUUGAUUCAUUUGCAUCAGGUUACAUCUGCUGUUUUAGACUGUAAGAAACAUAGUAGUGAUACAGAUUCUACAAUUUAUUCUUCUGAUUUUUCAAUCUUGAAAGAAAGCCCUGUGGAGCUACUAAAAAAAAUAAUUUUACAGAGUGGAGUAACACCAGAAAAAAUCGAAAAAUUCGCUGUUCGCAUGAAGGUUGAUCUUGUUCACGUUCUUGCUCAGGCUUGUUUACCUCAUGUACCUUUACUGGACAAAAGAGCUUCUUCGUAUAAAUUAUUGCAAUCAUCUUGUUAUUGUAAUAAUAAUGGUUUCCCAUCAUUAAUACUGAAUAAAGGUAAUAGAGAGUAUCCAAAUCCUAGACAUCCGGAUGUGGUUGCUAAAGAUUUGCUGAGGGAUAUAAUAGCUAUGAUACAAGAUACAACAAUGGCGAAUGAUUCUUGUGGAGUAUUUACUGUAGCAGAAUUAUUUUCUUUGGCCCAACACUCUGAGCUUUCUACUUGGAUGGAAGAGUGCUCUGAACUAGCUUUUGUUGAUUUAGAUUUGUUGCUGUCUAGGGAAGAAAAAUUAGCUUUCUUUGUUAAUUUGACUAAUAUUGCAUGGUUACAUGCUAUCUUGCUAGAAGUAAUAAGUUGGAAAUCACAAGAUAAGGAAAACCCCUUUGCCCCAAGUUUUACAUCAUCAAAUGAUUUUAAUGCUUCCUUUGAGCAUCACUUUCAGUUGAUUUCUCCAAAUCUUUUAGAACGUCUUACCAUGCAGAAAGUUCUUGGUUAUUGCGUGGGUCAAAUUGGUCCUAUUAGUCUUUUUGAUUUACGCUAUCAGCUGCUGCAUGCUCAACUACCAAUACCAAAGCAUUUGCAAGAACCCCCAUUUUACCAUCUGUUAGGUGAUUUUAAAUCUGCAUGGGAAAAAUAUACACCACCAGUAGAACCUAGAACAUUGUUUGUUUUGGUAGAUGGUUUAUUACAUUCACCUAAAUUACAAGCAUUGUAUAGUGACAGUAUUGACUAUCAAUUGGAAGAAGCUAUGAAAGAUUACUUUGAUGCCACCAUCACUGUUGAUCUACAAAAAGAGAAGGUUUCACUCCCAAAGUUAUUAGAAUGGUAUGCUGCUGAUUUCUCUAUAGAAGAUGAAAGUGAUUUGGACAAAGCACCAUAUGAAGGACUGCUUGAUUUAUUGUCUACAUCCGUGAGUUCUAAUCUGGCUGAUUCAUUUAAAAAUUUAUUCUCUGGGGACUACACACAUAACUUCAGUGAGAAUAUAGAUUCAUCUGGGAAAAAACAGUUGCCAUUUCUUCUGGAAUUCAGGCCCCCAAUAUUGUCUUCGGGUAUAAUGCUGGGAUAUCCAGAUUUCAGUAAUUUACCACAGCUUAAUCCUACAAUGAAUACUGCUCUUAUUACAGAUACUCAGCCAUUUGUAUUAGAUUAUUUAAAAGAAAAAUGUUCAAUUCUUUAUGAUCUCCAUCAGAUAUUCAGAAGUGAAUGCACUUCUAAUGAUUCAUCUGUGGAAAAUCUAUGCUUAGAAUCAUCUGCUCAAAAAUUAUUUUGCACUGAUGAGCCUUAUGCUAAAGUUCCUGUUACAUAUUUGUUAAUAUAUCAUAAAAAUAUGCUUGUUCCAACCAGUGAUGAUUAUUCAUGGUUUUCAUCAGCACUAAGUUCUCCUGACAAGGCAUUUUUAAGCCAGCAGAUUAAAACUUGUUUUUCAAUGAAUGAGUGGCACAGGGCUUUGCUGUUUGUUGAUAUGUAUCUUGAAUGUUUUGAAAAGGAUGAGACAUAUGCCCUUUUGAGGAAAUUAAUUUUAGAACAUCUUGCAUCUCUUAAUAAAUGCACAUGUUCAAUGGAACCUUACAACUAUGCAUUGUGUAUUAAUGAUCUUGCUUACAGAGCAAACACUGUUUUGCAAAAUGUUUAUAAAUGGGAAGAUAAUUCUGCUAUUCAAGCCUUAAAAUUUUGUUUAUCUGACUCUCGACUAAAAGAUUAUCCUGAAAUUCAUAAAGCUCUAAAGACGAAAUUGAAAGAAAUUCUCUUGUAUAAAAGGAUAUUUGAUGCUUCUGAAAUGUUUGGAGAUUCGGAUGCAAAAGAUUGUGUUUAUGUUUUCAAUAACUGGCAAGAAGUUGCUGAUUGUUCUAUCUGGGAUCAAUCAAGGAUUUUUGAUUUUAUUAAAUCAUCUGAAAAAUAUUACCUGGCUGUACAAUGGUCAGAGUUGCAUAUUAUCAACAGAGAACAGAAAAUGCUUGCUUUGUCCAUGCGCAUAAUUUGGUAUUUAACUCAAGAUCCUCCACAAGAGCAGAAAGUAUUUCAGAUCAUAGAUUCAUUUGAAGAUCCAUCUGAGUGCUUAACUUUGUGUGAUGUGGUUUUACCAGAACUUCCAACUGUUGAAGCUAAACUGUGUUUAGUGCAAUAUUUAGUUGAAAAUAAUGUUUUACCUGAGAAGCAACAUCAUUACUUCAACAUGGCUCUUGGAUUGAAAAUGUUGUGUGCUCUUAAAUCACCACACAGAGAAUUUUAUUUAGAUUUAGCUGCACAUCCUUACCUGCUUUUAGAACAAAUGCUUAUGAAUGUUCAACUGAAAGAUGCUGAAUUAGCUUUGAAAGCCAUCUCUGAGGAUUUAAAUGCUCAAAAUGAAAUUGCUCCUGUUUUGACUCGUUCUUCUGUAAAUCAGUUAGUUGAGGAUUAUGCCUCAAAGGCCUUAGAAGUACACUUCUUGGAUGCUUUACUUGAUGUUUCUUCUUCAAGUACACUUGUAUUGAGCACUGAAGAAACACUUGUAAGUGAUGAGCCUUUUAUAAUGCCAUUACGUGCACCUACUAAAGAGGAAUGGGUGCCUGAUGCCAAAAUUCAAAGAUGCCAAGUUUGUAAAGAAGAACGUUUUAAUAUGUUUUCUAGAAAACAUCACUGUCGACGUUGUGGCCGUGUUAUAUGUGCCAACUGUUCCCAACAUGCUCUCAUUGUUGAAGGUUAUGGAAAUGUUAAAGUUAGAGUUUGUGAUGAUUGUUACAAUGGGAUGACUGGUAGCAUAUCUCUUACUACAGCAUCAUUUGAAAAAAGAUACAAAGUUUUAUCUUCAAUGCAUUAUUCAUCAAGCCCACGCAAUUCACCAUAUAUGUCAGACAGCCUAGGUUUGCGAAGAAGAUCUAGCUAUAUGCAAAUUAAUCAGCAGGCAUUUAGGUGGGUGUUGUCUUCAGACAGUGAACAGAAUGCAUCUGUGAGAAACGAAUUUUCAUAUGAUCAGACCCCAAGUAUUUCUUUGUGUUAUUCAAUAUUAAAAUUGCACAAUGAUGACAAAAGAUGUGCUCAAUUUUUGAUGAAUCUCAGUGAUCGUUUAUUAGGGAAAAUAAAGAUGAAGCGUUCUGGAAAACUGCCAUUAGAAGUUGAUUAUGGUUUGAUAAUUAACAUGAUGAAAUCCUUGUUAUUAAAUGCCAAAAUGAAAUGCCAUCAAGUUCAGGAUACUGAAAGUGAAGCUUUAGCCGGCUUAUAUUUUCAACAUGCAGAUGUUAUAAAUUUACUAGUGAAUGCUAACUGCAGACAUCUCAUACCAAGAGAAGCUCUGACAAACAGUGAUACUGUUAGGAAACUACGUGAUAAAUUGCUAGAAGAAGAAAGAAUGUACUUGGCUUUGGAAAUAUCAACAAAAUUUAAUUUAGAUAAAACAGGUGUAUGGUCAACGUGGGGGUUAUUUUGUUUAAAAGCUGGAGAUUGGUCUACUGCUAGGCAGAAAUUCCAACAGUGUCUCAAGGUAAUAAAUGACAAAAACGAUCGUACUAAAGAAAAUCCAUUGCUAAAUAAAAUUUUGAAAGUUCUAGAAAAUUCAAAGUAUCCAGGAACAGAAAAGGCUGCAGAUAUUUUUAAAUCAUUGUCAGCCUUGAGGAACAUAAAAAUGGGCAUUACACAGUUUGAAACAGAAAUUUCGCCUCUGAAUGAAAUGAUUAAAAAGGAAUGUCUCUAUUACCUCAAAGUGUAUGGUACCCAUUUUAAUACUGUAGAGUUUUAUCAUAGGCAUGGAUUAUUUAGUGAAGCUAUGGAAUAUAUAAUACAAAUGAAAUGUGAUUCAGAUGUAUUUAUUGAAGCACUUUUUAUGCCUUGCCUCAAAAAUGCACAGAUAACAUCCCUGAAGCAACUAAUAUUAAAUACUGAUCCAUCAAUGACAGUUUGGUCUUCUUAUCUUUUUGCUACAUGCCGAUAUCUGGAACGUUUCAGGUUCUCAAUUGUCUUGUAUGAGAUUCAGGUGUUUAUGGAGGAUUUUGUCCGUGCUGCUAAAAGUUCCAUAAAUUUUUACCUCGCACCAGCUCCAUGUUAUAAGGCUCUGUUUGAACGUCACCAUCACUUGCAUAAUGCGAAGAAGAAUUAUCAUAAAUAUUUGUCUUAUAGUAAAGGCACUGUUGGUGAUACUGAACAUUGGAAAAAAAGGAAGAACAUUAAGAAACUAUCUGACCAAGAAGUAGAAAGCUAUAUUCAACUUAUUACCCUUCAAGAAGAAGUUGCCAAAUUUCUCAAAUUAUGUGAAUCUCAGAGUAAUCACAGCUUCUUGUAUGAAGGAGAUUUGCGUUCGGAGGACAAAUCUAAAUGUCCUCCCACACUCUUUGGAAAUGCUCAGAUGAAAAGUGCAGUGGUUUCAAUGGUGCUUAUUAAUGCUGUGAAUGUUGAUGAUGGAUUUGAACUCGCAAUCAAAAUUUUAAAGACUUUUAAUUUGAAUGCCCAGGAGAUUUUAUGCAAAGUUGGGAGAGAUUUGGUAAAAAUAAAGCAGAAGUAUCAAAUUCCUCAUUAUUUGGCUUGUGUAAAAUGUGUAUUCUUUAAAAUGGUACGAGUGGAUGAUGUAAUAUUAGAAUGUGUUUCUGCUGUACAUGCCCAGGGUGGUGAGGUUGAAGAAAUUAUAAGAAUGCUUACUAGUGAAUCAAAUAAGAUAAAUGCUUACUUAAUGUGUGGCAAGUUGAAAUCAGCCUACUUAUUAGCCAUUAAACUGAACAGCGCUCUGGAUGUACGACGUAUCAUGAUAGCAGCUGAACAAUGUGGACAAGAAUCCAUUCAAUCUAUCUGUAAAAAAUGGUUAGAAACUAGAUCUAUGAAACUAAAAACGAAAGAAGCAGCUUCUUUCCAGUAGUGUGUAUGUGAUAUAUUGAUGUAUUUUGUAGAGACAAAAAAAAAAAAAAAAAAAAAAAAAAAAAUGUUUUAACUAAAAA